GUAAGAUACUCACCGACAGUUGUAACUGAGAACUCGAGAGAUACACUCGCAAACACAAGAUUUACCCAUUCUGUGAAAAAAAAGUGAUUUUUCUCUUACGCGUACAACCAGCAAUCAAUACAUUAAAUUAUACUCAUUGACGGCUACUUUUACGCAGUAUUUGACAAAAUGCUGGAAGUAAACGGUAACAAUGACGCAGCGAGGAUGCUUGACGGCGACUGCAAAAUCUAUGUGCAGGAAUCCGAAAAAUUGCUGGGCCCCAAAAAAUCACAAAACUUGCAAAUAAACAUCGAAUUCAACGAUCUCUGUUACUCUGCUCGCGAUCGAAAAGGAACUGAGAAGACAAUCUUACGUAAUGUAACGGGGCAUUUCGAAACGGGAAAAGUUACGGUGAUAAUCGGUCCUUCUGGCGUGGGAAAGACCACUCUGUUGAAAAUCAUAUCGGGCAGACGAUUAAUUGGCGUUACUGGCAACAUUAUCGUAAACGGUGUUGAACGAAAUAUAGGAACGUUUCGCAAACAGGUAUGCUACGUGCCACAACAAUUCCAUCUAUUGCCGCUCCUCACGACGAAAGAAACAUUCUAUAUAGCGGCACGACUAAAACUCAACAUUAAUCAGAACGAAGCAAUUCAUUUAAUUAUAAAUGAAAUUGCAAAGAAUUUGGGCUUAUUAAAUUGCCUGGAUACAUUGGCAAGCAAAUUAAGCGGUGGUGAACAGAGAAGACUCUCCAUCGGAGUGGAAAUGAUCACCAGGCCAUCCGUUUUCUUAUUAGACGAGCCAACAAGUGGUCUGGACAGUGUGGCCUCUAAUCAGCUAGUUAACAUACUGCACGAUAUGGCGAGAGCAAACUGCACCGUGGUUUGUACGAUACAUCAACCCAGCAGUCAAAUGAUUUCACUUUUCGAUGACAUUAUGGUACUCGAUCGAGGCAGAUGUAUAUACUGCGGUCCAAAGAGCGAAAUCUUAAACACGUACAGCAUUGCUGGGUUUACGUGUCCCAAUUUCUACAAUAUAGCCGAGUUUGUGCUUGAGGUAACAACCGAGCAGAAGGAUGGAGAUUUAGAGAAUCUAUACAAUAUUUGUCGUGAAGAGUACGAAAAGUUUAAGUCACGCACUGAAUAUAAUAAAAAUAAAUUGGAGCCAUCUACUGAUUCCAAACAGAAAAAUGAAACAUGUAAUAAAGAUACAUCUAUAAAUAGCAUAAUACAAAAGAAAUCUACAUGGGAACAGCAAAAGGUUUUAUUUUUACGAGCUUUAAUUUGUAUCAAACGAGAUAAUACCUUGACAAAAUUAAGAUUAGCGGUACAUUUCGCAACCUCGCUAUUCUUAGGUACAGUUUUUUAUAAUUUCGGCGACAAUGCAGAAAAAGUAAUCAGUAACAUCUCUUACUUCUUUAUCCACCUGUUAUUUUUAUAUCUAUGUAACUCCGUAUUGACAGUGCUAAUAAUUCCCACGGAAGCGGCAGUAUUCCUACAGGAACACUCAAAUAAUUGGUAUUCUUUGAGAUCCUAUUACAGCAUGAAAAUAUUAACAGAUCUCCCGAUACAAAUACUUUGCACCUCAUCUUAUGUGUUUAUAUCAUACUAUAUGACAGGACAGCCAAUGGAAUUAGAUAGAAUUUUAGGGGUAUGGGUCAUUUGCCUAUUAAUUACAAUUCUUGGACAAACGGUCGGAAUAUUUGUAGGCACAGCUUUUGGUAUUGAGCUGGGUGUAUUUUUAAUACCGGCAACCAGUAUACCAUUUUAUAUAUUUGGUGGAUUUUUCAUGAAAAUAGAAGAAACGUCGAUAUACCUGCAGCCUUUGGGUGUUUUGAGUUUUAUAAGAUACGCAUUUGAAGGAAUGAUGCAGGCGGUUUAUCUUGACAGACCAAAACUGUCAUGCUCGGAAAUGUAUUGUCACUGGCGUUCGCCCAACAAGAUUCUCUCCAUGAUGGGCAUACCAACUGUGCCAUUUUACGUAACUCUACUAAUACUUGUCUCUUGGAUACUGUGUUUACACACGAUCGCCUAUGCAUUAUUUCGUUGGAAAAUUUAUCAUGCAGAAAAGUGAUAUAUUUAAUUAAUGUCCAUCGAAAACGUGAAAAUGUUUUCGUAGUAUGUUUUGAACACAAAAAUUAUCUGUAGUGCAAAUUCUCUUUGCAAUGGACAAAAUGUGGAAAGAAAUUAUGAGAGUAGAAAUGUAAAAGGUAAUGUACAAAUAUUUUAAAACUAAAUAUAUAACAGGUUCAAUAGUAACAA